AUGUCUAUUCCAAUGACAGAGAUGUCCCAUUUGGGUGGGGAUCACCAUGGUGCAUCAUCAUCUCCCUCAAGCAAUAAUAGUGGACCCAUCAGUUAUGCACAAACCGACCAAAUGGUCAGGGAUCCAAAUGAGCUCGACACCAAGCGAAACUUUGGCAAUCAGUUCAAUGCACUCUUUAGAAAGAGUUCUACCUACCAAUGGCGUCAAUACAAAACGAAUGCAUGUCAAAUUUCGAUGCCUCUCUUACUUGUAUCAUCAUCAUCGAUCAUCAUCGAUCAAGUAGCUCAUAAACAUUUCCAUUCAUAUCUAUCGUUUCUAGAUUAUUUUAUUGUAGAUAACUAUAUUGGUGAUAUGCAAGGUACAAAGAUUCCUGCGAUUCUCAAUCCCAAUGCUACUAUGCCAUCCAUUUAUGAUACAAAUAGUACGAUCGCUGGAGAUUGUCUAAAGUAUUUACCAAGUGUAUAUGCAAAGGAUCUCUACUAUAUCAAUGAAUUGAAAUCAAAUACAACCAAUGAAAUUGCUAAAUUAAUUCCAUCCUAUGUAAAUUCACAACAAAUGGUAGUACCAUUGAUUUUCUCAGAGUACAUACUUGGUGAUUUUGCGCAAUAUUGUUCAGAUACACCUAGUUUUGUUUAUCCAAUGGGUAUUGUUGAAGGACCUGCUACCUAUGAUGAAUUCAAAACACAGAUAUUCGACAAGUGGAAGACACAGACAGUCAAUGGCGCAUAUAACUUUGGAACUGUUGAUAACAAUAAACUUGAAGUUACAUUAAUGUACAACAGAUCGAUUUCCUACGGUAAGGAUCUAGGUUUGUUUUACACUCUUGUUACCAGAUCGUAUCGUCUCAUCACCGGUAAUAACAUCACACAAUUCAUUUUCGAUGGUGUCAAAGAUUUCCCAACCAAAAAAACAACCAUUGGAUUCGAUUUAAUUUCAUUGAUUGGACCAACAUUAUAUAUUUUCAUUUUCCAAUUGAUUCUACCUGUUGUAUUAAGAAUUAUUCUUUAUGAAAAGGAAAACAAGUUAAGAGAAAUCAUGAAAAUGAUGGGUCUUGAAAUGAAAACAUACUGGCUUGUAACUUAUAUAUUCUCAUAUUCCAUAUACUUGUUUGCUAUGUUAUUAGUUUGGUUACUUGGUGCAAUAUUCAGAUUUAGAUAUUUCACUAUGAAUUCACCUUUGGCAAUAUUCUUUUUAAUUUUCUUAUGGGGACAUCUUUUGGUUAGUUUUGCAUUCUUUGCAUCGGUAUUCUUUACCAAGACUGACACAGGCACUGUCGUUGGAUAUAUCUGGGUAUUCGGUACUGGUAUUCUCGCAUCGAAUGUAAUUAAUAACAUUUUGGCCAACACCUCGACUCCAGCCAGCUCAAUAUUUGUCAUCUCGCUGUUCCCGCCAUUCUCGCUGUUUAGAGGUCUGAAGAUUCUAGCCACCUCUGUAACCUUUGGUGAGAACGGUUUAAAGGCAGCCGAUAUUGUUAGCUCUGGAAUGGCCGACGUCUAUGGAUUCUUCAUUAUAGAAUCAAUCAUUUUCUUGAUUUUGGCACUCUACUUGGAAGAGGUAUUACCAUCAGACUAUGGUGUAAAACGUCACCCACUCUUCUUCUUGAAGCCAUCCUACUGGAGAGGUGAUAAAGUUGUUGUCGCUCCAAUCGACUUGAAUCCAACAAUGGAAGGUGAGCCAGCCGAUGUUGCCGAAGAGCGUAGACGUGUAAUGGAAACCAAGGAGCUGUUGGCUUUGGAAGUAUUAGAUUUGAACAAGGUAUAUCCAGCUCAAGGUGGUGCCAAGAGAAAGGUUGCAGUAAAGGCACUGGCACUCGGAGUCGACCAGGGUAUUUGUUUUGGUUUCCUGGGUCCAAACGGUGCCGGUAAAUCAACUACUAUCUCUUGUGUCUCUGGUUUGUUCCCACCAACCAACGGUACCGCCAAGGUAUUUGGUAUGGAUAUUCGUAAUGAUAUCGAUCGUAUUCACAUGGUCAUGGGUGUAUGUCCACAGGAUAAUGUACUCUGGGACGAUUUGACAGGUGAAGAGCAUCUUUUGUUCUACGGAAGAAUCAAGAAUAUGAAGGGUAAACAAUUGUCAAAUGCCGUCUACGAGGGUUUGAAACAGGUUAAUCUACAUGAAGAAACUGGAAAGAGAUCGGUCGCCUACUCUGGAGGUAUGAGACGUCGUCUGUCUGUGGCAUGCUCACUCAUGGGAAAUCCAAAGAUUGUUCUUCUCGAUGAGCCAUCUACCGGUUUAGAUCCAGCAUCACGUAAACAACUCUGGGACAUCAUCAACGCCUACAAGAGAAAGUGUGCCAUGUUGUUGACUACUCACGCUAUGGAGGAAGCUGAUGCAUUGUGCGAUCGUCUCGGUUUGUUUGUUGGUGGACAACUCAAGUGUAUUGGAAGCAGCUCUGAAUUGAAAUCACGUUUCGGAAAGGGUUACAAGGUGAUGAUGACUGUCGAACAUGGUUAUGAAACUGAAGCACAGAAAUUCUUGUUCCAACAGAUUCCACAGGCCAAUCUUCUCAAUGCUCUUGCUGGAACAUUCAACUACGAGGUUCCAAGAAACUCUGUUGAGCUAUCAACUCUCUUCUCGGAAUUUGAACAAAACAAAGAAAGAUUGCAUAUCACAGAUUGGGGUAUCAGUAACUCUACCCUCGAGGAAGUAUUUAUCAAGAUCACCAUGGGUAGACAGAAUGAAAGAGGCGAAUACAUCAUGGAUGAUAAACCAGUUGAUCUCUCUCAUAUAACAAAUGCAUAA